AUGGAGAUGGAUGACACUUUGAAGAGUUCAGAGGGUGUCACCAACCUUUUAGUCCAACAACAGACAGAACAGGGAAUAGAGGUUGGGGAAAACAGAACAGGCGUUCUGAAAACAACAUGGGCCAGGAAAAGGGAAGAGUCCAAUGGGCCGGGCCGUACUGGGUUGUCUAUAGAAGACUUGUUUGCUCAUUCUUUCUGCCCACAUAGACCAAAGGCUUAUCGCCCGAACUCUUCUUCUCCAGCCACUUCUCGCUGGUUCUGGAUCCCCGCCGCUAGGGUUCUGGACCCGACGGCGGAGCGGUACCCAGCAACAAAGAAAGAGAUCAAGAGAUUUGGAGAACAAGCUAAGCAUCUCCGUCGAGUUCAUCCUCGGACUCUGGACGGGAGAUCUUUCAUUGAGGUCGCAGGAAGCAAGAUGGAUCGAAGAGGGUAUCAGGGGAGGGACUACAAAGAUGGAGAGAGGUUCAGGGAGGGUCGUGGGGCCAGAGAGAACCCCCCUGACAACGAAAACAUAGAUGCAAGGAGUGGAUAUCCAGUUCAGGGGCGUGAGAGCUAUCUGGGCCGUGGACCCAGAAGCUACCAGGAUCAGCCUAGAGUGCCAAAUCGUGGGUGGGAUCAAGGAGAAGGUCAGAUUCGGAAGAGGGAAAAUGAUCGCCAGGAAGUGAGAGAUGUUCGCCGUAUGAUAGAGGAGGAUCUGCGCCACAAGAUUGAAGAGCGAAAGAAAGGAGGAUAUCAACCUCAGGGCCACCAAUCUUGGGAGUCAGGUCAGUCUGGUGGUUCUUCUAUAAGAUGUUUCAACUGUAGUGAUCUUGGUCACCACAUCUCCACUUGCAAGAAGCCCCCAUUUUGCUAUAGCUGUAGGGAGUCAGGACACAAAUCCACAAACUGCCCUAGCAUGCGCGCAAACAAGGGGCUUACCCUAUGUGCUAUGGGUAUGCCGGGUCAGCUCUUUUAUGCUCUGAACUUGCCUGAGAUCAAAAAGGAAGAAAAGGAAGUUACUGAUGAAUCUAUUAGAGCCAUUGUUUCUGUUCUGGAGGGAAGGGGGACAAAGUUUAGAAUCAAAACUGAACUUCAAUAUUUAGUCGAUUCAGAAUGGAAUUGGGAUGUCAAGCGAAUCUCUGGAAGCGAAUUCAUUGUUAAUAUUCCCUCCAAGGCUGUAAUGAGUUUACUGGCUAAGAUGAAUAAGAUAAAGUUCAUUACAUCUGAUGUGGUGGCAGUGGUAGAGGAAACUGAUCGAGAUCCUGAAACUUUUCAUAUGCUGCAAAUAGUCUGGGUUAGAGCUGUGGGGAUCCCUAGAGUUGCUAGGACUGAAUAUGUUGUUUUAGAGUUAGCUAAGUUGGUUGGGGACCCAGAAGAGGUUCAUAUGCCUUCUCUUCAAUGGAAAGCUGUUUGGGUAAAAGUGUCUUGCAAAGACCCCUACAAGAUUGGGGGUGCUUCUGAAGUUUUUAUCAACAAAAAAGGCAAGAGAAUCUCUUGGUUUUACUCUGACAAGCUUCCGAAACAUCCACCCACUAAACCUGAUGAUGAUGAUUUUGGAGCUGAUGAUGGUGAAGUGACAGAUGAGGAAGACCCAGAAUCACAAGAUAGUCAUGGUUGGCUUGAAACUGGCAAAUCUCCACCAAAAGGGUCUGCUCAGGAACCUGGUCCAUCCAAUUAUCAAGGGAGACAAACAAAAGAUGCUGCAGGAGAUUGGGGAUCACCUGUAGGGGUGACUGGUUCUGUCAAAGCUGAACAUCAUAUGCUGAGGGGAGGUUCAGAAAACAAUGCUAAUGCUACAGUGGAUUUACUGCAAGAAAAUGAAACAAGACCUCAUAUCAGCAAAAAAUGUCACUCAUGUGCAGAAAAAACAAAUUUCCUCGCUGGCUGA